AUGAAGUGGUUUCGCGGGGUCUGGCUGAGCAUUUGGCAUGGAACUAAAUCUGGGAUAAUAUCCGCCGAGGAUAACUCGAACAUGCACCAUAACACAGCCAAAACCUGGCCAUCUCGCUCAGCCAAAACCGGACUGAACGUUGCCAGCGACAACAACACACAGCCGGUCAGUGCUAUCGAGGAGCUGAGGUGUGAGCGGUGUCGCGGCCGUCGCUCUCCGGCGUAUCAUUGUCGACAUUGGCAGGACCCUGUCCAACACCCCGCCGUGGGGAUCUGUUCGCGACGGCGCACCGGCUGUGCUAGUGCGAAGGAGGUUGUUGAGCGAGAUGGUCGAAUUAAGCGACUGGGAGAGCUUCCAGCUUACGGAUCGACAUGUGGCCCCGAACACAAGGUCGGACAGAUCGAGACGUCACCCAUCUUGCUGUCCCGAUGA